UCUACCGCUCUAGUCACUCUGAAGCUACAGCAGAAGAACAAGAACUCCUCAGAAAUUCUCCCUCUCUGUCUUUCUCUGAUUCUUUCACUAAUGGCUGAAUUUCUAGACCUUGAGGCUCAAGACGGUGUUCGGAUGCCAUGGAACGUAUUUCCAGGAACGAAGCAAGAAACAACUCACUGCGUCGUCCCUGUCUCUGCGAUCUACACAGUCUUAAAGCCCUUCGCUAACAUGCCCGUCCUUCCUUACCCUCCCCUUCGUUGCCGCACCUGCAGAUCGAUUCUAAAUCCUUUCUGCAUCGUCGAUUACCUCGUAAAGAUCUGGAUAUGCCCUUUCUGCUUCCAACGCAAUCACUUUCCUCCUCACUACGCUUCGAUCUCCGAAGACAAUCUUCCUGCAGAGCUCUUUGCUCAGUAUACGACGAUCGAGUACGAGACUUCCACGGACAAAUCGACUGUUCCUCCUGUUUUCCUUUUUGUCGUCGAUACUUGCAUUAUCGAGGAAGAGCUAGGGUACUUGAAGACUGCUUUGUCUCAAGCAAUUGAUCUCUUACCAGAUAAAUCGCUUGUUGGGUUCAUUACGUUUGGGACUUAUGUCCAUGUUCAUGAACUUGGGUCCGGGUUGAUCCCGAAGACUUAUGUCUUCAGGGGAUCAAAGGAGAUAUCCAAGGACCAGAUUCUAGAACAGAUGAAUUUCUUCGCGAAGAGGCCGAAGCCUAGUGCUGGGGUAAUUGCUGGUGUCAGGGAUGGGCUUUCUGCCGAGAGUAUCCGGCGCUUCCUCUUGCCUGCUUCGGAUUGUGAAUUUGCAUUAAAUUCGGUGUUGGAGGAGCUUCAGAAAGAUCCUUGGCCGGUGCCAGCUGAUCAGAGGGCAACAAGGUGCACUAGCACGGCAUUAAGUGUGGCUGCCAGUUUGUUGGGGGCUUGUGUUCCUGGUUCUGGAGCUAGAAUUAUGACCUUCAUUGGUGGGCCAUCAACGGAAGGGGCAGCUGCUAUUGUAUCCAAGAGUUUAUCUGAACCGAUUCGUUCCCACAAGGACCUUGAUAAAGAUUCUGCUCCCUACUAUAUUAAAGCAGUAAAGUUUUAUGAGGGGCUUUCGAAGCAGCUUGUAAAUCAAGGACAUGUGCUAGAUUUGUUUGCAUGUGCUCUUGACCAGGUGGGCGUGGCUGAACUUAAAGUUGCAGUUGAAAGAACUGGGGGCCUUGUUGUGCUUGCAGAAAGUUUUGGGCAUUCUGUUUUCAAGGAUUCUCUGAAACGUAUUUUCCAGUCAAGUGACUAUGAUCUGAGCCUCUCAUUCAAUGGAAUAUUUGAAGUAAGCUGCUCAAAGGAUAUCAGAGUUCAGGGCGUUCUGGGUCCUUGUGCAUCUCUCGAAAAGAAAGGUCCUUUAUGCUCUGAAACAGUUGUUGGUCAGGGAAACACCAGCGCUUGGAAGAUGUGUGGCCUUGACAAAGCUACCACUUUAUGUUUGGUAUUUGAGAUUGUUAAAAAGGAAACUCCAGAACCUAUUGGUCCAUCUACAAGCAAUCAGUUUUACCUCCAAUUUUUAACUUAUUAUCAGCACACUAAUGGUCAAAUGAGACUUCGUGCUACAACACUUGCCAGAAGAUGGGUUGAUGGACCUGGCAGCAUACAAGAGUUAAUUGCUGGAUUUGACCAAGAAGCGGCUGCAGUAGUAAUGGCACGUCUAGUUUCUUUCAAAAUGGAAUCUGAGACAGAGUUUGAUCCUAUCAGGUGGCUAGAUAGAUCAUUGAUACGUCUAUGUGCUAGGUUUGGUGAUUACCAGAAAGAUAGUCCGUCUUCUUUCAGCUUAUCUCCCAGGUUGUCAAUAUUUCCACAGUUAAUGUUUCAUUUGCGACGUUCUCAGUUUGUUCAGGUCUUUAACAAUAGCCCAGAUGAAACUGCUAAUUUCAGAAUGAUCCUAAACAGGGAAAAUGUUGCGAAUUCAGUUGUUAUGAUACAGCCCUCAUUAAUAUCUUACUCCUUCCAUUUGGGUCCAGAACCAGUGCUCCUUGAUGUGGCUGCAAUUGCUGCUGACAGGAUCCUACUUUUGGAUGCCUAUUUUACUGUUGUUGUGUUUCAUGGGAUGACUAUUGCUCAGUGGCGAAAUGCUGGAUACCAAAAUCAGAAAGAACAUGAGGUAUUUGCCCAGUUGCUGGGAGCUCCUCGUGAUGAUGCAGAAUUGAUACUAACGGAACGUUUUCCAGUGCCUCGCAUGGUCAUUUGUGAUCAACAUGGCUCUCAGGCCCGCUUUCUGUUGGCAAAAUUGAAUCCCUCAACCACAUACAGCUCCAGCUCUGCUUCACUAGGAGGGGAUGUAAUCUUCACGGAUGAUGUCAGCUUCGAAGUAUUCUUGGAUCAUCUCCAAAGGCUGGCAGUUCAACAAUAAUUUUGGUACAAAGCGGUCUAGGUCUGUAAAAAUUCGUCUUAAUUCCUUGUACAGUAAGUUGGAGAAUCAUGCUUCUUGCUUUGCCUGCACUCUGUAAUUUUCAUAAUUCCACUUUAGUGUAGUUUCUGGGCUCCCGGUGUUUGUUCAAAGACUUGCUUAUGUUGGAAACUUACGCCCUCCAUUCUCAAUAUUCAUUUCCUUUAAUUAUUAGUUCUUUGGUGCCAUAA